AAAAAUAUCCUUAUAACGAUACACAUUGCCAAUAUUACAGCACGGAGAUAAAGCCGUACACAGUAAUCGAUAUGUGCGAAAAUUUGGAUGACGAAACGAUAGGAAUAAUAGAGAAGAGAUUAAUCGGUAAUCAUCCAAAUACUUAUACGUUGACCAAAGGUUUGGCAGAGCAGAUUGUGCUGUCCAAGGGAAGCGAUUUACCAAUCGCGAUCGUACGACCGAGUAUAGUUUGCGCAGCGUAUCAAGAACCAUUUCCAGGAUGGGUAGAUAAUGUUUACGGUAUUACAGGUAUAAUGACAGAGAUAGGUAGAGGUACUAUUAGGAGCAUCAUAUGCAACGCAAAUUUAGUAGUAGACGUUGUACCUGUCGAUUUUGUUGUCGAUACAUUAAUAUGCGCGUCUUGGUAUAACGCUACGCAACGUUCCGAUACGAUAAAGAUUUAUAAUUGUACCAGCAGCUCAUUGCAUCCAAUCACAUGGCGUGAAUUCGGACAUCUUACGAGGAAGCACGCUAUAGAAUCUCCAUCGAAAUACGUCAUGUGGUAUCCAGACUUUACGUUUAGAACAAACAAAUUCAUUCACACUAUCAUGGUAGCUAUGUUGCACUUCUUACCUGCAUUCAUCGUAGAUCUUAUAUUAAGGGUCCAAGGUUAUAAACCUAUAAUGAUGAAAAUCGCCAAACGUUUCGAGCGCGCCGCUAAAACUGGAGAGUUCUUCACGAUGAACGAAUGGAAAUUCUGUGCUGAUAACAUGACGAAGUUAGUGAAAUUUGUAAGAGCGUCGGGUGAUUGUGACGAUUUCAACGUAGAUAUCAAAAGUUUAGAUUGGGAUACGUACUUACAUCAAUACAUAUUAGGAAUUAGAAAAUAUAUUUUGAAAGACAAUUCAGAUACGUUAAAUAAUGCCCGAAAUCGUUUAUCGAAAUUGUAUUGGAUGCAUAAAUUAACCAAAGUAUUCAGUAUAUUCAUGUUAUUAGGAAUGAUCAAGUGUGCCGGUCGGUCAUCGAGAAAUUAUACGGAAGCUUUUGGAUCGCAAUUCUAGGAACACUGUAAAAAUAUUAUGGAAAAUAUUUUAGGAAAGAGGAACAUAUAACUUUGUAGUACUAAACUGUUGUCAAGUAACUAAUUUACUAAUUAAAUCAGAUAUUAAUGGGAAGGAGAGGAGGAAAGAAAGGAAAGGUAGUUCAAGAAAUAUAAUUUUGAAAAGCGUAAAUGUAGAAUGAUUGUAAAUACUAUAAAAUCUUUGUUUAAAACAUUUUCUCACAUAUCUCUCACAUAUUUUGUACGAUAAUUAUUAAGUUAGCUUCUUAAAGAUCCUACAAUUGACACGUACAAAAAAUGUUAUGUUUCUUAUUUUGUGUUAUUCUAUCAAGAUAUACAUAUACAGAGAAUU